AUGCAAGCAUUCAUUUCUUGUGUUGAGACAUUCUACUAUGGAGACUUUGAUAAGCAAAAUGAAGUUGUCAAUCAAGAGGUUCAGCAAUACAGGAACAAGUCGGGUUAUUUUGGCAUGCCUUUAGCUCAAAAAGGCUGCGAGAAGAAUGAUGGAAAGUUUGAUCCAGGACUUUGGUGGUCAACUUAUGGUUGUGAAACACCAGUUUUGCAAAAGCUAGCUAAGAGGAUUCUUGCUUUGACCUCUAGUUCUUCCGGUUGUGAAAGAAAUUGGAGCUGCUUUGGAGCGAUUCACACUAAGAAAAGGAAUAGACUAGAUGUAAGUCGACUAAACAGCCUAGUCUAUGUCCAGUUUAAUGCAAGAUUGUUUAAGAAGCAGAAAAAAAUCAGAGAAGGCAAAAUUGAUAUUAUAUAUGAUGAUGGUAAUGAAGACACGGUUGAAGAAUGGCUUGUUGAUCACCAUGAAGACGUAGGUCCAGUUGGAAGUACAACUCAAGCUUCAAGGGUUAGAGCCCUUUACGAUUAUGAUUUUGAAUCAGAAGAAGAGGAUGGUGGAGACAUGGAGUUUGAAGAUGAUGAAGAUCCUGUCUUCCGUGACAAUGGUUUCAUGGUUUCCGAGUUUGAUUUGGAUAAGAGAGGUUAUGGUGUAGACGUGUAG